AUGCAUCCCGGAUGGGGUCGCGCCAACACCGCUUACAGACGCCUCAUCGCAGCGGAUUACGAUGACGGCAUUUUUACUCCUCGUGGGUUGACAAGGGGCCAAGAAUUUCCAAGCGCUCGACUUUUGAGUACAUCGCUUUUCUAUGAUGAAGACCGCCCAGACUAUACACGGACUCUUGCUGUUGUCCAUUGGGGUCAGUUCAUUGCCCACGAUUUGGCCUUUACUGGAGUCUCCAAAAUGUCGACAGUGAACCUGGACAAAACCGUGAGCUGCUGUCAAGAAAGCGGGGCAACCUUGUCUCCACGUCACAUUCACUCCUCAUGCAUCCCGAUUUCAGUGCCCAAAGAUGAUCCUUUCUACUCAAAACACGGCCAAACGUGCAUGAACUACGUCCGCUCUCUGAACUCGAUGCGGGCUGACUGCCACUUCGGACCUGCAGAACAGAUGAACCAGGCGACGCACCUAUUGGACGGAUCCAUGCUGUACGGAACUAGUCAGGAAAAGGCGAAGGCGCUGCGACAGAUGAGCGGUGGCAAAAUGAAAACGCAAAUCGACAUGGACGGACACGAAUACCUCCCCGUUUUCACCCCCGACAAAAAAAUGGAGCGCUGUCAAAUCUCCCGCAACUCCUCCACCUGCUACGAAUCAGGUGACACCAGAGUAAACUCUCAACCUCAGCUUACGCUGAUGCACACUCUAUGGCUACGAGAGCACAACCGGUUGGCCGAACAACUGUCCAUUUUGAAUCCACAUUGGAACGACGAGACCGUCUAUCAAGAGGCCAGGAGAAUCGUAAUCUCUCAAAUGCAACACAUCACCUACAGUGAAUGGCUCCCCGUUAUCUUAGGACGGAAAUACACGAGCAGGAGAGGUCUGGCUCUUCUUUCUACCGGUUACAGUAAUUUAUACGAUGAGGAUGUCGACCCUUUCAUCAGCAACGCAUUUGGCAAUGCAGCUAUGAACUUCUUAGAUUCAAUGACCGAAGGAGUUGUUGGGUACGUCAACUGGAACUUGCUUUUGCAGGAUCCAGUCCUGACUUCCAAAGUAGCUGAAGCUGGUAAAUCAGACAAAUUGUCAUACCAGCUCGUAGAAGAGAUUUCAUCAUACAUCGACUUCGAUGAAAUGUCUAAUAAUCCUAACACUCCAGAAAAUAUUCUUCAUAACCACUCGCAUCGAUUAGAUUUCCGACGUUUGCUUCUAAACAACUGUCAUCUGUCAAUAGACUUUAUUCGUUCUCAUGGUGUGGCAUUAAAUAAAUGUUGGGAUUUAAUUUCAUCAAAAAUUCUUCUAUCUGAGAAAGAAAUGGAAGAAUUCAGUUAUCUUCUAGAUUGGAAAAUUGCAUCACGUUAUCAAAAAAUGUCAGAAAGAUUUAUCAAAAAAUUCAAACAUAAAGUGGAUUGGGAAAAUAUUGUCAAAUAUGAAGACGUGUCGAAUGACUUUAUUCUUGAAAAUUGUCCCAAGGAUUAG